AUGAAACUGGGGUAUAAGCACCCGAACGGUUUACCAACGUUACUACAUUUAUCGCAAGUUUGUCUAAAGAGAAAUUUAACCCAAAUACAAGAUGUAGGAGCCACGCCAUAUCAUUUGUUGGAGCCUGUUUUAUUGCUAAUGUCAUCGAGGCAACUAAACCAACUUGAAAACUUGUCCACACAAUUAAUGCCACAAAGCGAUAAGUUAUGGAAGUAUUUGAUUGAGAAGGAUUUCUCUGACCGGCCUCUUGAGUUGGGUCUUGCAAAUGCAAAUAUGGAUAUGCCCUAUAAAUCAUUGUACUAUAAGUACUUUGAGCAAAGAGAUGAGUUUAGAAGAAACUCGGUAAAAAGACUUCGACAUAUGCAACAGUCAUUAAUGAAGGAGAAAACAAAGAAUAAAGUUGUUGCGGUGAACGGCGUGUUGAGAGAUCCGUCGAGGAAAACAAGACCUCAACACAGUGAAAUAAGAAGACGCAUGGUAAAUAAGAAUACAAUUAUGGCAAGAGCUACGAGAGAUGUGAUGACUAGGUCCUUGAUGUUUGGUAAACUGCCACAACGACGAUACGAUCCUUAUAGUGCAUUUGAUAUCAAAAAUUUGCCCAUCGAAACUUUGAUAAGAGUGCCUGUUAAGAAAUCAACUUUGGGUAUCUCAAACAUUUCAAAAAACGUCUCAAAAGAUACUUUAAAAAGGGACAAUGUCUCAAAAGACACCCCAAAAAGGGACAAUGUCUCAAAAGAUACUUCAAAAAGGGACAACGUUUCAACCCUAGCGUCGACGCAAGAGCAAGCACAGGUACAGACGCAGACAAAGUCAAAGACAUUAGCGCCACCAUUGCCAUUACCACCACCAUCUGAAUUUGAAACGAUCAAGAAAAGACGACGGCAGCAACAGCAACAGCAAUCAACAUCUAUUUUCCUUCACAAACGAAGAAAGCCAAGUACAUCCCCGAUAAAAAAGGUAAAUAAACUACCAGAGCCUCGCAAACAAGAAGCUCCAAGUAAAAUCAAGCCCAUCAAAUCCUCCCUUUUCAGUUAG